AUUCCCCGGCAAGCUCUCUGGACGAGCUUGUUGUGUUCCCAGAGGCCCAGCCAGCGCGUUUUGCGUCGGGGUGAAUCAUAUUCGAUCACACUCAUGCAGACUGGGUUGUAAAAAGCUCAAGCCAGUAUUAAGCCGCCUUUGACCUAUUUCAAUCGAGACGCGGCUUUGUUGAACAUGCUGUCGAGCGGAGGGAGAUUGCCUCUCUCAUACUGCUGUCUCCCAAGAGGUGGCCGACUAACCGUCAUUGUGCACACGCCCCAACAGACCCGACGGUCUGACCGGUUCGAGGUAAAGUGGUAGCCCAGCAGCAGCUGAUGCUCCUUUUUCUGCAGACGUCAUAGUGCAGGCCUUAAACGCGGAAGGCCCGUUUGCCUACAUCGAACCUCUGCUUGUGUGUUUUAUGUGCUAUCAAUCAGUUGUUAUGUAUCAACAGCCCUGGGAUUACACUCCGUCCAGAUCGUGUUGUGAAUUUUAGGAAGUGGGCGUGGCAGGGCGUUCUGGACAACCGGGCCCCUCGCGUCACACUUUUAUUGCGGAUUAAAGCGUAUAUAUGCCGAGGGCACACUGACAUUUCAUGCCAUAGCCAAUUGACCAUGAAGGCUGACUGACUCUAGCCUUGAACUGUCGAGAGUCCUGGGUCUUAUUUUUACAACAAGCUGUAGGUACGUAUUGCCUAUCAGUAGCUGCCUAGACUGGGAAAUAACAUACAGCCUGCACUGACCACUGCACUUGACUUGGGCUGUAAAAACAAGCAUUCGGAGGAAACCUGCUCUGACAGCCGGCAUUGAUUAUCUCUUGACUGACCUGCCACGCUCCCUACCCUGGGCCUCUCAUAAGCUUGGACACUUACCUCGUAUAUGGUAUACCCCACCGGCGCUGCUGUAAGGACCUAUAACCCAGUCACAUGGUAUACAGAGUAAGGCACUAGAAGCAAUCAUGUCCGUGUCAUCUCCAGAAGCUAACGGCAAGGAAUACAAACUGCACAAGGAGACGGAAAGCUUUAUAAGCGCUAUAAAAGACAAUGGUUCAAGCGGACAUGCCAACCAAACUAUCGAGGAUAUCAGAAAUGCUUCUGAGAGACUGGUGGAAAUGUUCGGAGGUGAUGUGUUCUUUGACGGGAAGAUAAAGGAGUUCAGGGUUCCCUCCCUAGCCUGUGAGGGUGGGAUUCCAGUAACAGCCUAUAUACCUAAAGACAGAGGUCCCAAGCCGUCUGUGUUUGUCUUCUUUCACGGGGGAGCGUUCAUCGCCUCUUCACGACAAGCUGCCGAUUCUAUCUGCAAGAUUUUCUCACGAGAAGCCAAAUGUAUAACUGUGUCUGUUGGGUAUCGCCUGGCCCCCGAGCACAAGUUCCCGGCCUGCUAUGACGACGCGGUGAGCGCAGUCAGGUGGGCCGCCAUGAAUAAAGGUCUACUGGGAGCAUCAAAUGACAGCACUGUUGGAGUAGGAGGUCAGAGCGCAGGCGCGAACAUUGCCGCUACUGUAUGUCACGAGCUUCCAGGAAUCAGCUAUCAGAUUUUAGCUUGUCCAAAACUUGACAUGAAGAUGGAUCUGAAGUCCUAUGGCGAGUUUGAAGAUGGGCCAAUCAUAACGCGGCAGUCUCUGGAAAAGUCGAUGUCACUUUUCGUUGAUAACGAGGAAGACAUGUCUAAUGUCCGGUGUAAUCCUCUUCAUCGACCAAAUUUCGAGGGACUUCCGCCAGCACUGAUCAUAGCAGCCGAGUGUGACCCGAUCAGAGAUGAUGCUUAUGAGUACUCGAAGAAAUUAAAAGCUGCCAAAGUGAAAACAACCCUCAUCGUCAGCAAGGGAGCCUGCCAUCUCUUCUUUGGCCUACCAGGUCAUUUCAAGGAAAGCAGUGAGAAGGCACACCUGAGAGUAAUUGACUUCAUCAAGAACCACUCAGGCCGCGCAAACUUGUCGUUGCUAACCUAAGCUUUGGACACGCCAUGUGGUGCUAUGUAGACUGUUAGUGAGGCGAGUCCCAUACUGUGCAGAGGGUCUAACUGCUGAACGAGCUGCACUCUACACUAUACGCCUACUCACAUCUCCAGACGGACUGACGGACGAGGAGUAAACCUAUAUUCCUACUGUUUCUGGAACUAAAAAACACACAGUUUACGUUAACCUAAUGGUAUUCGAGCAAAGAAUUCGAUGUAAUGACGUCAUGCAAAAGACAAUAGUCGUUUAUUAACUUGAGAAAGAACGAUUUACUUGAAACUGAAACAUCUCUUACUCUGUGCAGACUUGACUGUCGUGUAACUUACACCUUAUAUAGCUAUUUUACACCUCUUGUAAACACAACGUAUUACACAAUACGUAGACGCACCAUUCAUCUAGUAGGCACAAUUUACAUUCUCCACAUUGCAACUUACAUGAACAAGAUUUUAUUUAGCAACCUUACUUGUGCCCUGUAUAUUAUGUCAUCCAUGAUGUUAUAACUGUCACAUAUAUCACACUUAAAACUUGACAGGCCAUUCUAAAACCAGAGCUGAGAAACUCGUGGAAAUUUUUUUUUUUAGAAAUUAAGACCAGGAUAUGCAUCGAAAUCGUGACCGGCCCUUCGUGUGUAUAUAUAUGUUAAACAUAUAUUAGCUUAACUGGAAUAAUCGCUUCUGUUCCUCUUAUGAAAGCACAUUCAUUUCAUAAGCAUAACCGUUUCUUAGGCACACUAUACGUGUAUAAAUAUUGCAGACAGACUUCUUUAUAUUCUGGACAGCUGCCCUUUGUAUUCGCAGUAAUUUAUCUUAUAGGUUAAUAUGGAUAGUCCCCCGUGACCCUGAUCACGUGACAUCUGGGCCCAGUUCGAAACUGUAUUAGCUAAGAC